AUGUCCAGCUAUGAUCCUACUCCCGACGAGCUCAUCACCCCGUUGCAGUUCAGGGAGUCGAUGAAGUUGGUCAGGCUGCAAAUCGCCAUCCCCAUAUCCGUCCUUGUGGCUAUGGGUGCCAACAUCGUUUGUGCCUUAGCUAUUAAACCAGGAUUGUCUGGAAUAAAUGCUCUUUUUCCCACUUUGCUAUCCCCAAAUGCUACAAUGGUCGGGAUAUACUGGGCUGUCUUGUAUCUUCUUCAAGUUGGCUUUUGUUUAGUUCUCUUGUUAGUCAGGAAAGAUGUAACAAAGGAAACCCUUAUUAACGGUGUUGGGCUUCGUUUUGCUAUUUCAAACUGGUUACAAGCGAUAUGGGCGGUUUUCUUCACCCUACAAUUCUUUUGGGGCGCAGAGAUAGUCUUAAUACUCAACGCUAUCAUCCUUAUAUCUAUCCACUUCACGCUCUUAUACUAUCCAGUUACGCUUCGGAGACCAAUCGACGCCAUCUUCAUCCAUGCGCCCAUGACGAUGUUCCUUGCAAUCCUUUUCGAGCUCGACUGGCUACAUAACGGGUUCGUAGCCCUUGGCUGGUUCAUCAAGACUGAGACUGCCAGGGAGAAAUAUACAUGGCAAGCUGUGGCAGCUGUCGCCGCUGUCAACGUCAUCACUGCUGUCUGGGCUGGUGUGAAACGAUUAUAUUUGCUUACAGCAGCAAGUUUGUACCUCCUCUUCACUCUCCUCUUCUCUUCACCUAGGUCAAACCCUACUUUACCUACGACUGCUUUACCUAAACCCACCCCGCUCCUCGUUACUCUCAUCAUCUGCUUAGUUCUUCACCCCAUCGCCUUGGUUGCCGGUGUAGCUUGGCAAAGGACCCGAGAGCGAGAAGGCCGAAUCAGACUAGAAGAAGAGGUGGAGAGAGCUGAAGAGAUAGAAAGGGAGGCUGACAGAGAAGCCAGAAUCAGAGGUGCUUGA